AUGGCUGCCGCCAUCCUAUCGCUAGCCCUCCUCCUCGCCACCGGCACCACCAUAUCUGCCCAGCAGAUCGGCACGCCCGAGAACCGUCCCCGCCUCACAACCCACUACUGCACAUCCGCACAAGGGUGUGUCAGAAAAGAGACAUCCGUCGUCCUCGACGCCGCAACGCACUCCAUCCACGAUGCCAACAACCCCAGUAUAUCUUGCACGACCGGGGGCGGUUUGAACCCCACCCUAUGCCCGGACAAAGAGACAUGCGCAGAGAGCUGCGUGAUUGACGGCAUAACCGACUACGCCGCGCGCGGUGUCGAAACCGACGGGUCGAAGCUGAUACUCACGCAGUACCGCAAUUUCAACGGGAGUCUCUCGUCCGUCUCGCCGCGGGUAUACCUCGUCGACGAAUCAAGCCAAGAGAACCAGGAGUACGAGGUUUUGACUCUACUCGCCCAGGAAUUUACCUUCACCGUGAACGUCUCCGCCCUCCCCUGUGGCAUGAACGGCGCGCUGUAUCUGUCCGAGAUGUCGCCUUCUGGCGGCCGCAGCGAGCUGAACCCCGCUGGUGCAUCGUAUGGGACAGGCUACUGCGAUGCCCAAUGCUAUGUAAAUCCUUGGGUCAACGGCGAAGCCAACGUCGACGGGCACGGGGCUUGCUGCAACGAGAUGGACAUUUGGGAGGGGAACUCGCGGGCUACGGGCUUCACGCCACACGCCUGUUUGUAUGAUCCGGAAGAUGCCAGUAGCGGUGACGGGGGUGUAUACGAGUGUGCCACCGAAGACGAGUGCGAUAGCGCGAGCGAGAACGACGGGAUCUGCGAUAAAUGGGGAUGUGGGUUCAACCCUUAUGCGUUAGGAGACCAGGAGUACUACGGCCGUGGUCGCGGAUUCGAGGUCAACUCCAAAGAACCCUUUACUGUCGUCACGCAGUUCCUGACGGAUGAUGGCACGACCACGGGUGCGUUGACGGAGAUCCGGCGGCUGUAUAUUCAGAAGGGACAGAUCAUUCAAAACGCGGUCGUCGCGUCUGGUGCAGACUCGCUGACCGAUUCCCUUUGCGGCUCGACGACGUCCUGGUUCGAUUUCUUCGGAGGGAUGGAAGGUAUGGGGAGGGCUCUUGGUCGCGGCAUGGUGCUCGCUAUGAGUAUCUGGAAUGAUGCUGGUGGAUACAUGCAGUGGCUCGACGGUGGGGAUUCAGGGCCUUGCAAUGCGACCGAGGGAGCACCGAGCUUUAUUGAGGCGAACACUCCCUGGACAAAUGUUGUCUUUGAGGAUUUGAGGUGGGGAGAUAUUGGGAGCACCUUCAACAGUAAGGGGCUGUAG